AUGUCAAUCAACCAGCACCACGCCGAUGAAACUGAAGUUCUAUCAGAAGAUGCCAGAAAUAUCUGUUUGAACGCCGAGAAGGCCGAUGUUCAUUUCAUUUUCAAAUCCGGGGACGAGCAUGUUCCAGCCCAUAAAAGCCUAUUGUCCCGCGGUAGUAAUGUUUUCCAAGCGAUGUUUGAUGGUCCGUUGAAGGAAGAAGGUGACAUCGAAAUCGUCGACGCAACAGCUGAAGCGUUCAAAGAAUUUCUGCGCUUCUUCUACUUCAACAAGGUCGAUGUGAGCAUGGAACAUGUGUCGAGCGUCAUGUGUCUCGGCAGAAAGUACAAUGUAGCAGACUGCCAGCGGUUGUGCGUAAAUUCAUUGGAAGCUAGCAUCACAGAACUAACUGCUACUGUCGUUCUUGGUUUGGCCAUCAUUUAUGACGAGAAGCAGCUGCAGAAAUCGUGUGAAUUGAUCAUUGCAUCCCGAACGGAUGACGUUUUUAAAUCCGAGAAUUUUCUCGUUUGUGAUCGUCGAGUGUUGGAGCACAUCCUCAAAAUGGAUCGUCUUGCGUGUACUGAAGCGGAACUGUUUGAAGCAUGUAUGUCAUGGGUCCGAGCGACCAGUAAUGAAGAUCAUCUGACUAGAGAUAUUGUCCAAACGCACUUGGGACGGUUAUUCUAUGAAAUUCGAUUCAAAGCCAUGAAUUUAGAGGAAUUUAGCAAACUCUUGCGUGUGUAUGGCGAGCUGUUCUCUGUAAAUGAAUACAGCGAAAUUCUUCGAGUGGCUUUCGGACAGGAAAAGAAUCCAAAAAUAUUCCAAAUGGAACAACGUUCAUACGAUUGGAAACACGCAAAACUAAUUGUGUGUAAUCGAGAAAUAUUGUCUAAUUCAGUGUAUAUUUAUCAAACAGUAUCAGUGACACAGUUUUCAUCCAAUACGCGACUGUUGUUAAGAUAUUUUGUUGUAGACUCAAUUUUCAACAACAGUGAUGAUCCUGUUCAAACGAUUAAUAAUGUGGAAGCUUCUGUCAUCGCCGAUUCGAAAGACUUAACUCGAUUCACUUGCACAUUAAAAUACGCAAAUGAGGGAUACAAGAAAGCAAAGACAAUGUCAAUCAACCAGCACCACGCCGAUGAAACUGAAGUUCUAUCAGAAGAUGCCAGAAAUAUCUGUUUGAACGCCGAGAAGGCCGAUGUUCAUUUCAUUUUCAAAUCCGGGGACGAGCGUGUUCCAGCCCAUAAAAGCCUAUUGUCCCGCGGUAGUGAUGUUUUCCAAACGAUGUUUGAUGGUCCGUUGAAGGAAGAAGGUGACAUCGAAAUCGUCGACGCAACAGCUGAAGCGUUCAAAGAAUUUCUGCGCUUCUUCUACUUCAACAAGGUCGAUGUGAGCAUGGAACAUGUGUCGAGCGUCAUGUGUCUCGGCAGAAAGUACAAUGUAGCAGACUGCCAGCGGUUGUGCGUAAAUUCAUUGGAAGCUAGCAUCACAGAACUAACUGCUACUGUCGUUCUUGGUUUGGCCAUCAUUUAUGACGAGAAGCAGCUGCAGAAAUCGUGUGAAUUGAUCAUUGCAUCCCGAACGGAUGACGUUUUUAAAUCCGAGAAUUUUCUCGUUUGUGAUCGUCGAGUGUUGGAGCACAUCCUCAAAAUGGAUCGUCUUGCGUGUACUGAAGCGGAACUGUUUGAAGCAUGUAUGUCAUGGGUCCGAGCGACCAGUAAUGAAGAUCAUCUGACUAGAGAUAUUGUCCAAACGCACUUGGGACGGUUAUUCUAUGAAAUUCGUUUCGGAGCCAUGAACUUAGAGGAAUUUAGCAAACUCUUGCGUGUGUAUGGCGAGCUGUUCUCUGUAAAUGAAUACAGCGAAAUUAUUCGAGUGGCUCUCGGACAGGAAAAGAAUCCAAAAAUAUUCCAAAUGGAACAACGUUCAUACGAUUGGAAACACGCAAAACUAAUUGUGUGUAAUCGAGAAAUAUUGUCUAAUUCAGUGUUUUUUUAUCAAACAGUAUCAGUGACACAGUUUUCAUCCAAUACGCGACUGUUGUUAAGAUAUUUUGUUGUAGACUCAAUUUUCAAGCACAGUGUUGAUCCUGUUCAAACGAUUGAGUAUGUGGAAGCUUCUGUCAUCGCCGAUUCGAAAGACUUAACUCGAUUCACUUGCACAUUAAAAUACUCAAAUGAGGGAUACAUUGUACAUUUUCCAUAUCCAAUAUCCAUCAGGUCCAAAAAAUUUUAUGAAAUUCGGAUAAAGUUUCCAACUGGUGAAUUCCGAAAGUCGAACUUUUUUUUGAGCUCAACGGUAGAGAUGGAAAAUAAUGUCGUUGUCGUUUUCCGAGUUGACAAAGUAAUGCAUGACAACAAAAAAUCAAUCAUAAAAUCACUUGGAUUUAAUUUGUUGAAUUAA